CACCAAUCCUUUGUCAUCUCCAUAAGUCAAUAUCAUCACUCCAAUCUUCAAAACAAAUGUUAGAAACUUCAAUAGUAAGUUUCAUAUGAGCAAGCACAAAUACUUUUAUACAAAACUAAAAAAAGAUUUUCAAGAUUUUCUUACCGUUAUGGCACUAUAAGCCCAAGAAUUCGCCACACCUUUUACUUUUUCCUUCUUUAUUUGUGAAUGUGAUGUCAAACAUCUUUGCACCUUGUAUACCACGACCAGUUUCUGGUAUGAAAGCCUAAAACAUAAUCGCAUUUACUGAUUUGUAAAUAAAGAGACUACAUGACAACUUAUAAAUACAUCAGUCCAAGUUUUUAAAUGUAAUUUUUACCUCAACGCUUGUGGUAUAACGUGCACCUGCAAACUUCUUCUCACUCUUCAUACCUUUUACAACUGGGACUGCAAAAUACUCUUCAUAAAUGUGACGGUAAUGGUCCAAAGCCUCAAGAACCUAAAAAAAUUAAACACAGAAAUUAACAUGUUUUUCAAGUAUAUAAAUGUUUAAGGUUUAGAUCACGAAGAAAAAAAAACUAGUGUUACCUCUUUAUCUGCGUCUUCUUUUGUGGCGUGAACAGUGUGUCCUUGCCAGAGGAACUCUCGGCUCCUGCGAUGAUUAUAAUUCAAGAUUCAAACACACUUAAAACUAUUAAGUGUCUUAACUCAAGAACUUAUUAAUCUAAGAACACUUUUAUUUCGUAAUGAACCGUCGAAACUCGUACGAUUUCGUUUUUUCGUAUGUGAGAACGAAGAGGAGGAUGACGAAAACGAGAUUAAAGACUAACCAUCUGACGAAACAUCGAUGAAGAACAAUGAUUUUCCAAGAACCCUAAAUCGCCAUGAAUGAAGUCAAGAGCUACGGCAGAGAAAAGAAGAUUAAAAAAAAUUAGGGCAACUUUACGGGUUUUACCUCGACCGUAUCUUUUUUUUCCUUUUUUUAUUUUUAAUACUAAUCAAUUACGAAAAAUCAUUGUUAUAAUUAUAAUUCAUAUUAAUUGGUUUAUUUUAAGGGUAUUAUGGUAUUUACAAGAGUUAAAAUCCUAUUUUCCUAAAUAAUCUUCUAAAAAUCCCAUUGAGACAAAUCUAAGUUGAGAAUGUCCUAUUUUUCCAAUUUUCCCUUUUUUUUAUCUAUUUUCUAUUUGCCAAAGAAGCACAGCUUUAGGCUGCGUUUGUGAUACUGAUAACAAGUACUAAUAAACUCAGCAAAUAGCCAAGUUAAAACAAAACUCAAAUAGAUAACCGGUUAUGCUAUCAAGAACCAAUCCAUAGAUUUUCGUGGAGAACCGGGCCGGUCCUUCAUGUAAAGGUAGAAUUUCUUCGUAGAAAAUACAAACUCCAAAACAAAUCCCAAGUGGACAACCGACGAACCCACAAAACUAACUCUCUCACUCUUUCUCUAUCCAUCUAUUGUCCACAUAUACUUGCUUUUUUAUAUUUCCAUAUCCUCCUUAUAUAUCGCUAAUAUCUUAUUACAUCAUAGGACCUUACGAAGCAAACAAUCUCUCUUUUGUUUGGAAGAGAGAGAGAGCCAGAGAAUAACAUAACAAGAGAGAGAGGUUUGCUUUAUUACACACACAUCCGUUUAAAAAUGCCAACGUCGAUACAGUUUCGGAGAUAUUCCACCACCGCAGAAGCAGCCAACGCCACCGUCAGCACCUAUCAUCACCACCACCACAAACAUCUUCAGAAAGUGAUCCUCACGCGUGGGAUGGCUGAUGUGCCGGAGCACGUGGAGCUUUCCCACACGCACGUGGUGGGUCCCUCCCAGUGCUUCUCCGUCGUGGUGCAGGACGUGGACGCUCCAUCUUCAGCCGUGUGGUCGAUACUUAGCCGCUUCGAACACCCUCAAGCGUACAAACACUUCGUUAGGAGCUGCCACGUAGCUGUCGGAGACGGUCGAGAGGCUGGCUCCGUGAGGGAGGUCCGAGUCGUCUCUGGUCUCCCCGCGACGUUCAGCUUAGAGCGACUUGAGAUCAUGGACGAGGGUCACCACAUCAUGAGUUUCAGCGUCGUGGGUGGAGACCACAGGCUUCAGAACUACAGAUCGGUGACGACGGUGAACGAGUCGCCGGACGAUAACAAGAAGACACGUGUUGUUGAGUCAUACGUCGUUGACGUACCAGCGGGUAACGAUAAGGAAGAGACUUGUAGCUUUGCCGAUACCAUCGUACGUUGCAAUUUGCAAUCGCUGGCUAAACUCGCCGAGAAGCCAUCUAAAUUAUCGUGAUUACAGUUUUUUUUUUUUUUAUCAACUCUCUUUUUUUACCAAACUACAAAAAAAUGAAGAGGGUUUUGUUUUUUCGAAGUUAGGGUUUUAAGGUUUGCUAAACGUUCGUUUCGAUGAUACUUUAGUUUACCUGUAAAAUCAUUUCUUCUUGUACUCUUUUUGUAUAUAUAAAUCUCGUAGCUUUAAAAUCAACAGAACAUUGUUUGUUUAGGUUCUUAAUUUCCAUAAUAUUCCUCGUGCCCAGUUACGUUACAUAUGUAUGAUCUUUGGUUAAUGUUGAAACAGUAUAAUGAAUCAGCUAAUGAGUGUUGUUUCUAUAUUUCUAAGACUGAUCUCUUUUAACGUACGUAAUAAUGUAUAUUACCGACAUUUUUAGUAA